AUCAAUUUAUUAUUCAUCUUUUCAAAGCUUUUUAUAUUAUUUUAAAUAACUAAAAUAUCACCCCAGAAAGGAAAAGUGAAAAUCGAGGCUAAAAAAAAUAAUUAUUAUGCUUUAUAAAGCAAACCAUGUGGCUCAGUUCAGGACAUUAACAUAUGGCACAAUCACUCAUCUUCAUGUGACUUUUUCUUUUUUCUCUCAGUCAUUCUUGUUGUGAAUCAAACCAUCUCAUCUGCAAAUGUCUCCUCCCUCUCCCCGCAUCUUUCUUCUGGUUUUCUUGCUUGUUACUACUUCAUUUGUCUCGCAGAUCUGCUCGGCAGCCGAUGAGGUAGAUCCAAACCUACGGUUUGAGAACCCAAGGCUUCGUGAAGCCUACAUUGCUUUGCAAGCUUGGAAGUCUGCCAUAUUUUCGGACCCCUUUAACUUCACUGCCAACUGGAAUGGCUCUGAUGUUUGCUCGUAUAUGGGAAUCUACUGUGCUCCCUCUCCUUCCAACCCCAAAAUCAGAGUGGUUGCCGGCAUUGACCUUAAUCAUGCCGACAUUGCUGGUUAUCUUCCUCCAGAGCUUGGCCGCCUCACUGAUCUUGCACUCUUUCACCUCAACUCCAACCGUUUUUGUGGUGUUGUCCCAACCAGCUUCCGCCGCAUGAAGCUGCUUCAUGAGCUUGACUUGAGCAACAAUCGUUUUGUAGGCAAGUUCCCUAAUGUGGUUCUCUCCCUUCCUUCUCUCAAGUACUUGGAUCUUCGGUUCAAUGAGUUUGAAGGAUCGGUCCCAUCCAAGCUUUUCGACAAGGAACUUGAUGCGCUUUUCUUAAACGACAACUGGUUCAGAUUUGGUAUUCCUGAGAACCUUGGCAACUCUCCCGUUUCGGUACUGGUCUUCGCCAACAACGAUCUUGGAGGUUGCAUUCCUGCAAGCAUAGGGAAGAUGGGCAAAACGCUGAAUGAAAUCAUCCUCAUGAACGACAACCUUACUGGAUGUUUGCCUCCACAGAUCGGGAUGCUCAAGGAGCUUACUGUCUUCGAUGUCAGCUUUAAUCAUCUCCAGGGAUCUUUGCCAUCCACUAUUGGCAACAUGAAGAGCUUAGAGCAGCUGGAUGUUGCCCACAAUGGCUUCACCGGUGUGAUUCCGUCCACUGUGUGCCAGCUUUCCAGCUUGCAAAACUUUACCUACUCUUUCAAUUAUUUCACCGGAGGACCACCCAGCUGCCCUGCAAUAUCUGGGGCAGAGGUCGCAAAUGGUACCACGAACUGUAUUCCUGGCAAGAAGGAUCAGAGAUCUUCCAUGGAAUGCUCUUCCGAUGCUGCUCGCCCUGUGGACUGCAGCAAGUUCAAAUGUAAUGGUGGUGGAAGUGCCGGCGGCGGAGGAGGAGGAGGCGGUGGUGGUGGAAACUCUCCAUCGCCGAAAAGGAGGCAUACUCCUAGGCCUCCAACGCCGCGUCAAUCCAGUUCACCAAAGUCCUUUACGAAAUCCCCUCCACCACCUUCUUCAAAGUCUUCGCCUUCCACUAGAUCACAUCCUCCACCACCACCGUCAUCCCACUCUUCACCAAUGCCUCCUUUCCAUUCCCCACCGUCGCCACCACCACCGAAUUACUCUCACUCUUUAACUCCACCACCCCCGACUCAAAGAGUGUCACCAAAGACGCAUCUUCCACCGCCACCUCCGCCUGUUCACUACGAGCCCAUACAAUCUCCACCUCCACCACCAAUGGUACAACCACCUGCACCAGCCCCAUCAGGCCAUUACUAUAGUGCACCACCACCACCAAACCGUUACUCCAACGCCCCACCACCAAGCCAUUACCACAAUACACCACCCUCACCACCAAUGGAGCAACCACCUCGAACUCCAUCAGGCCAUUACUAUAAUAAUCCACCACCACCAACAAAGAAUAUAUCACCAAGUACCCAUUAUGCACCACCUCCUCCCCCAUCUGUUCAUUAUGUUCCCACGCCUAGUCAUUCAUCGCCUCCACCGCCGCCACCUCAAGUUCAGUAUUUUCCACCCCCUUAUCCGUCAAGAGGGCAGCAAGCAAGUCCACCUCCACCACCAUCUCAUGAGCAUACGGGGACUCAAUCUCCACCUCCACCAGCAGAGUAUCAUCCACCUCCCAAGGAGUCAUGUCAUCCUAUCCCUCCUCCACCCCCACCAGAAUGCACAACUCCCGUACCAGCACCACCACCGCCAAGCCAACAUUCAACCCCAUCACCAUAUGCACCAGCACCUGGUCAUCACUAUUCAAAACCAUCCCCACCUCCUAAACAACAAUGGCAUUAUCCACCAUCCCCACAACAUCAAAACCCUUCUCCCCCACCCCCACCCCCGCCAACCCACUAUGCGUAUACAUUCCCACCGCCACCACCAUCUCCUUCUCCACCGCCACCCUCAUUUGAAAAUACGCCACUCCCACCAAUUAGAGGAGUAUCAUACGCAUCUCCUCCUCCGCCAGUUAUUCCCUACUACUAAAGAACUGCUUUUGCACGACAUUGAGUUGUAGUUCAAAAUCUUCAGGUGCAACCAUGAUGGCAUGUUAACCUGCGUGUUGUUUCUUCAGCUUUUUUGAGAACUAUUUUUUCCCCUAAAUAUAUAAUAACUUAAUAUUUUAUUUGUAUUGUCUUUUUUAUUUCCUUUGUAUUGUUCUGCUAAUAUAUAUGGUAAUGUAUACAGGUAAUGAUUUGAAUAAUUUGUAGACACAACAUUACAUUUUUCUUCGCCA